CAAACGUUAUCAAUCAAAUGUUUUAUAAUACUUAAAAACUGCUAAAUUUUCAUACGAUUGUUAGCAGUUUUACACUAUUGCACGUCGUUUUUUUUCUGUGAUGUUUUACUCAUUUCUGUGACAAUUAUGAAGUAAUCCAAAUGAUUUUACAGUAUAACUUAUGGAUAUUUCUAACAAUGUUUUAUGAUAUACUUAGCGUUUUAACACAAUAUGAUCAAUAUAUAUAUAUUUCAAAUAUUUUACAUGAUAUUCAUUUAUAUUAAAAUACUAACUUUUAAAAUUGAAUAUUAUAAAUUGAAUUGAAGUAUUUAGUUUUAUUAUGGCAACUUAAAAAGUAUAAGUUUAGGUGACAGUAUAUUUCAUGAAACCAAAGCAACUAUAAUAUGGAUAAAAAUAUGUGUUGUGUUAGUUCCUGUAAAAAUAUAUUUCGACCUGGUGGUAGAAAAUUUUAUAGGUUGCCUCUAGGUAACAAAUUAUUAUUAAAUAGUUGGUUAAAUGCUAUGGGAAAUGAAGAAAAAUUUGUACCAUCUUCUGAAUCAAUGAUAUGCAGUGCUCAUUUUAUACCUUCUGAUUAUUAUAUAAAAGAUGGUUGUAUACGUAUUCGUCAAUCAGCUAUACCUUCUAAAAGUUUAAAAUGUCCACAAUCAUCUCAAUCAAUAAAUUCUAAGAAUAAUGUUCCAAAAAAAAUAAAUAAAUCAAAAUCAUUUGAACAUUCAUCAGUCGAUCAUCCUUACGCAAAACAUGUCACUUGGACUACAAAUGUAUCUAAUUCUUUGCCUGUUAUAGUUAGUGUUAAAGGACAAGUUUCUGAUAUAUCUGCUUUAAAUAAUUCAAACACAAAUAAUUAUUCAGAUAACCUCAAUGAAGAUUGCAUGAUAGUAAAUGAAAUUUCCAGACCACCAGCUACAGAAAUUAGUAAUAAAUUUAAUUUAGGCAGUAAAGUUCUUAAAAAAAUUCAACCAAAAGUCAAUAACAGUGUUAAAAACUCUCAAAUUCCUUCAAAAAUGUUUGUACGUAAACAAACAGGUCCAGUAGUUCCAAAUCAGAUGUAUUUAUUAGUGAGUACUAAAAGAGAUCAAAAUGGUUUACCAACUGAUGUGCAAUUAAUUAAAACAGUUCAGAAUGAUGAAGCAAAAAAUCAACCUAAUACUUUAGUUAUGCCUGCAAUAUCAAAGCCAGCUAAUAAAGUAAUUUUAGAUCAGUUAAAUGUGAAAAUAUUACCAAAUAAUAUAAUUAAUAAUAGCAACUUAAAUAAAAAUUCUAUAAAAUUGAAAAAUAUGCUACAACCUGAAGUACAGGUUAAACAUACAGUGCCUCCAAGAAUUGCUAAAAAAAUAAAGGCAUUAAACCAAAAAAACAGACGAUUGAAUUCAAGAAUACAAAGUUUAAUGGUUACUGUUAGAGAUUUACAAGAUAUUCAAAUAAAAUAUUUAAAACUUAAAGAAAGACUUCUUGAUACUGAAGAAAAACUUUUAAUGAAAGGCAUCGACACAUCUGAGUAUUCAGCAUUUUGUGAUGAUAAAAAACCUGUUACACCUAUUAAGAAAAAAAAAACUACAGUUAACAAAUCUCAAAAUAAUAUGCCAAAUGAUAUGAAAAUUCAAUCUACAGAGAAAACUAAAAAACAUUUAUUUAUUUCUGUAAGUUCUCCAACCUAUCAAGUACAAGAAAAUAACAAUGACACUUCUUUAUUCAUUACUAAUAAAAAUGUUAUGUCUGAACAUUCUUAUGGAGUUAUUUCUAAAGUUUCACAAAAAUAUUUUACAUAAGUAAAAAGUUUAAUGAAUGAAAUUUGUAAAUAUUAUUCUUAAGAUGUUUGAUGGAAAUCAACUUCAAAAUUAUAUGACUGAGUUAACCAAAAUUUUAUUUAUAAUAUAUUGUUAUAUAUUUAAAAAUUUAAUUUUAAUUUAAGAAACAUUUUUUAUGUGACAGAAGAUAUUACUUAUAUUGAAAAAUAUUUUCAUAAUAGAAUGGUUUUAAUUGGUAAUUUUAGUAUAAUUAAUAAAUUUGUUAUAAAAAUAAUACACUAUUCCAUUAAAUUUAAAGGUAGUAAAAAUCGUUGUUAACUAAAAUUAAAGUUUAUUUAUACCAUGAUAUAUAUAUAUAUUGACCUGUGUAGUCAUGAAUAAU